UUGUUCCUAAAAAAGAAUGUAUUUUUUUUACUUUUGAUGAAGCUUGUGCUUUUGUAGAAAAUUAUGCUUCACAAACCAAUAUUGUUACAAUCUUGGGAAAAACCACUAAGAAUUCUGAUGAUAGUGGUUAUAGGCAGGCUUUUUUUGUUUGUGAAAAACAGGGAAGCUAUAAUGGAAAAAAGAAGCAUAUACUACUAAGCGAACAGCAGCAAAAAUUACAAGAGUUAUAUGAAAUUAAGAUACUACUCAAAACUUUACAAAACGAUAAAAAUAUUACAGCAAGUAUAGCAAUUAAACCUGAAUAUAAUGAUGAACGUAAUCAAGAUGACUUAUUUAUUCAA